AUGCCACACCUGCGCCGCCAGCCCAACUCGCGCGAUCGCCCGGACGACCACACAGCCAAUUUACGCGCCCAGUUCCAGACACCGCCGUCGCGUCAAACGCCCUCCAACCCAAUCCAUCGCCCCCCGCCGUCCACCGGGCCCUAUGCAGUCACGCCCGAUCUCGUUCCGGCAACGGGACACCCGCACCCGAAUCUCUUUCCGAUUUUCGGUCGGGCUGGCAUGCAGCAGCCACCACCGGAGUUGAUGGAUGACGAGGACGAGCUGGGCGAGGAAUAUGACGCGCGUGGGCAGGCGACAGCGCCGGUUGAGGAUGAGGAUGGGCUGGACCCGCAGACUCACUUUGAUCCGGAGUACGGGGCUAAUGAUUCUGACGAGAUGGAUGGUGAACUUGUGGAAGAGGAAAUCGUUGGUGAUCAGCUAGAAGAAGAAGAAGAAGAAGAAGAGCUGGAGGGAGACGAGGAUGAAGAGAUGCACGAUCGAGAAAAAUCACCUUCGCCCCUACCACCGAACCUGCGCGAGAUCUCGUCGCUCGCGUCGUGGACCGUCUCGACGUCCAAGCCGGGCUGCGGUGUCACGGCCCUGCGCCACCCAUCGCCCUCACAAUACUGGCAGUCAGACGGCCCGCAACCACACACGCUCACUCUGCACUUCUUUAAACUCGUGGCCGUGGUGCGGAUCCGCGUGUACCUAGACUUCGAGCUCGACGAAAGCUACACGCCCACGAAGAUGACGUUCGCAGCCGGCAUGGGCGGCAAUGACCUGGUUGAAUUCGCGACCUGGGAAGGCGACGGGCCAUGCGGCUGGGUAGAUAUCCCUCUGGACGGGGUGGGCGGGCGUAACGGGGGAUGGGUGCGCAAUGAAGCGGCGCGGUCGAAACCCCGGUCGAAAACACGCCGGGCGCCCUCGCGACGCAAGAUGAAGCAUGGGGUAUUUGGGUCUGACGACCAGCGGGACGAGAAUGGCCCGGACGGACGCGAUGACUACGAGAACGACGAUCCCUAUGCGGGAAAUGUGCUCAAGGCCAUGGUUCUCCAGAUGAGUGUGAUGGAAAACCACCAGAACGGGAAAGACACCCAUGUCCGGGGUUUCCAGGUCUUUGCCUGUGAUGACAGUCGCCGUGCUGUUGCUGCGCCGUCUGCGUCUGCUGAUGGGCGUCACCGCCGCCAUAGUGCGCGCCAGUCGCUUCGUGGAGUCACCGAUGCGCUUGGCCAGACUCGUUUGGGGAGUGAGGAUGUUGAUACCGGCAGGUUGAUUGCCACGACUGGGCUUGACGAACCCGACUGGAUGGGCGAGCCUGUUAUUCGAUAG